AUGAACCCAGAGGUCAACAGGUGCAACCCAAAGGUCAACAGAUGCAACCAGAGGUCAACAGGUGCAACCAGAGGUCAACAGAUGCAACCAGAGGUCAACAGAUGCAGCCAGAGGUCAACAGAUGCACCCAGAGGUCAACAGAUGCACCCAGAGGUCAACAGAUGCACCCAGAGGUCAACAGAUGCAACCCAGAGGUCAACAGAUGCAACCCAGAGGUCAACAGAUGCAACCCAGAGGUCAACAGAUGCAACCCAGAGGUCAACAGGUACAACCCAAAGGUCAACAGAUGCAACCCAGAGGUCAACAGAUGCACCCAGAGGUCAACAGAUGCAACCAGAGGUCAACAGAUGCACCCAGAGGUCAACAGGUGAACCCCAAAGGUCAACAGAUGCAGCCAGAGGUCAACAGAUGCAACCAGAGGUCAACAGGUGCAACCCAAAGGUCAACAGAUGCAGCCAGAGGUCAACAGAUGCAACCAGAGGUCAACAGGUGCAACCAGAGGUCAACAGAUGCAACCCAGAGGUCAACAGAUGCAACCAGAGGUCAACAGAUGCAACCCAGAGGUCAGCAGAUGCACCCAGAGGUCAACAGAUGCACCCAGAGGUCAACAGAUGCAACCCAGAGGUCAACAGGUGCAACCCAAAGGUCAACAGAUGCAACCAGAGGUCAACAGAUGCAACCCAGAGGUCAACAGAUGCAACCCAGAGGUCAACAGAUGCAACCAAAGGUCAAGAUAAAGAGUGGUGCCACCUCUUGCGUAUGACUGCUAUCGUGUGA